AUGGAUGGUAUAGCGACAGUGUAUUAUACGGUGACGACGACGGAUACUACAUCGAUCACGGACGAUACGGUGACGACGACAGAUACUACAGCGACCGCGGAUGGUACGGUGACGACGAAGACUGCAGCAACGGCGGAUAAUACUAAGGCUAGAGGUCCGCACCUGUGGAGCCGGGCCUAUAGAGGCAACGCGCUGUCCGCUUCGGAGCGCGAAACCCUUGCGGGGCUUGCUAUCGAGACGGACACCCGUGAUUUCGCAUCCUCCUUGAGGAACAUAACGGAAGGAAUUGUGGACGGAAAUAAGGGAAAGCAUUGGAAGAUUCGAUUCAAGGGGGACGAAAUCGUGAUGCGAGAUGUUGGCAUGAAAAUCCUGCGCUGGGUGAACAGGUUCAAGGAGAUCGGCGACAUUAUCGUUCAGUAUGAUCCUGGACAUUCUGCGCUGCCAUGGGCGGGAUUUCGGUUUUUGCUGAAGCUCUUGCUGGAUAAACAGGAAACAGUGGACGCCAUCUUGGUUGGACUCGAGAAGACUGCCUACCUCAUCCAUCGGUGCGCGAUCUACGAGCUUCUCUAUUUUACCGAAGCGACCCGGGCAUCGAAAAACCUGGAGCUAUCAAUGCUUGCUCUUUACGUGGCGAUCUUAAAGUUCCUUGCAAAAGCUAUCCAGAGAUCGAAAGUUGAGUAUUCCUCGUCGGACAAAGCGUUCCCUGCUAAUCCUUCCACAGAUACCCGCGUAGAGGCGGUAUUCACAACGGGAGAGAUUGUCGAGUACUUCGAGGAUGUCACUAGCUUGGAGGAAACGGUCGAACGGGAUGCUGCUGUCGCUGAAGCUCAAUGCUUCGAAAGCCUUCGAACGCUACUGGACGAUAUCAAUAUUUUGACGUCACGUCUUAGUCCUCAGAUCGAUGGGAUACAACAAAGAUUAGAAGGGUCUAGGAGGUCCGAUAUCCUGGAAUGGAUAUCAAAAAUCCCGUACACGAACCACCACAAGCGAAUUAGUGAAGUACGUCUAAAAGGAACUGGCGAGUGGCUCUUUAAGAAGACGGAGUACCACAAUUGGAGAUCAUCGAGCGCUUCGAAAUUGUUGCUGUUGAGGGGAAUCCCUGGAGCCGGCAAAACAUUCAUCGCAUCGAGGGUUAUUGACUCGUUCCUUUCAAGUCCGAAUGCAGAGAAAUUGGCGUACUUUUACUGUAACCGAGCUGAGGAAAAUCGCCGGCAGCCCGAGAGCAUCUUGAAUACGCUUAUCCAGCAGCUGGCCCAGACCGAGUCCGACGAUGACAAACUCUUAAUGCCGCUCGUCUGCAUCUACGAGGCACGGGAAAAAAGAGGGCAAAAGUCCUCGCAUCUGACCUUGACAGAAAGCCAGGAGCUCCUCGUGCAACUCACAGAUAUAUAUCCGCAGACGACGAUUUGCAUCGAUGCGUUGGAUGAAGUGGAAAACGAAACCCGAAUACAGUUGCUAAAGUCGCUCAAAUAUGUUGUUGAAACAUCCAAGAACCGAGUCAAGAUUUUCGCCACCACCCGAAUGGACAUCGACAUCCUCCGGCAGCUUGAGAUGUUUCCAAGGAUCGACUUGCAACCUGAUGACAAUGUCGGCGACAUCAACCGGUUCGUGGAAACGAAGGUUCGGGGCACAAUCGAUGACGGACUGCUGCUCGAUGGUGUUGUCGACCGCGCGCUCAACGCCGAGAUAUGCGACGUCCUUUGCGAGCGAUCCAAGGGAAUGUUCCAACUAGCCGCUCUUCAGGUUACAUUUCUCUGCGAUAUGACCACGCGAAAAGACGUAAUAAACAGCCUCAAGGUUCUUCCGGAGACCCUGACAGCUGCAUACGGUGAAAUAUACAAGCGGAUACUGAGCCAAAAAGGAAGCGCACCCCGACUUGCGCUCAACGCGUUCCGGUGGAUCCAGUGUUCGUACGAACCGUUGGCAUCCGAAACCUUACUCGAUGCGGUCACAGUGGAACUUGACAGCUCGGGAGAAUUCUCCCAUGACAAGAUACAGGUGAAUGACGUGUUGAAGGCGUGUCAAAAUCUCCUGAUUCUGGACGAAGGUCUGGACGUGUUCCGCUUCGCACAUCUUUCUGUCGACGAAUAUUUCGAGACCCAG